UGUUGAUGUUCUUGCUGUUGCUGUUGUCCGAACGAGGGAUCUUGGUACAUUCCCUGCUGCGGGUAGUAGCCAGAGUAGGCGUAUCCGCCGACCUGCGAUUCCUGCUGCUGAGGCUGUUGAUACGGAUGCGGUUGGGACUGCGGAGGCGGGUUGCCAUCCUGCGCAUAGAGCCGGCCAAAGUCCGGCUGCUGUCGAUUAGCUGCCAUCGGCGCAGUCUAUCCAGCUUGAGACACAGACACUGAGACGACGGGGACCUGUAAAGCCGCUGAUUGACACACUGCACGCGCUGCAAGAAGCGCAGUUACUGUACAAAACUGUUCAUUCCCAAAACAAGACGCGAAAUAAGAACGGAAGGAGGAACAGGCAGACAAUGUCGACGAUAUCGCGGUGGAUUGUGUG